CCGCCGCGCGGCGCACGCUCCGCGGCUCCCGGCUUCCGCGCAAAACUUCGAGCCUGUCCACGUGAAGUUGUCGCUCCCGUUCAGAGGGGCAAAGAGCUUUGGGAAAAGCUGGGCAGUGGCGACGGCGGUGGCUAGGCACAGCGCGAAGGGGAAACUCCGACACUGGAAAGAACGAGAGUAAAUACCUAAAUACAGACGCACGGAUCCGCGGCUGGGACAGACACUUGAACUUCGGAUCCCGAGGCGGUCCGGGCUGCGGGAGAUAGUCCAGUUUUAACUGAAGGACGCUGCUUCUGUUUGGGGGUGGCCGGAGACGUGAGAAAACCACAUGGAAGAAUCCCAGGACUUAAAUGAGCAAUCAGUAAAGAAAACGUGCACAGAAUCAGAUGCUUCAGAACCUCAGAAUUCCAGGUCUAUGGAAAUGCAGGACCUAGCAAGUCCCCAUCCUCUUGUCGGAAGUGGUGAUACUUCUGGUAGCUCCAAACUGGAGAAGGCUAAUCUCAGCAGCACAUCAUCGGUCACCACAAAUGGGACAGGAGGGGACAACAUGACUGUUUUAAACACUGCAGACUGGUUGCUGAGUUGCAACACCCCCUCUUCUGCAACAAUGUCUCUCCUUGCAGUCAAAACAGAGCCUUUGAACAGCAGUGAAGCGGCCACCACCUCUGGAGAUGGAGCCCUUGACACUUUUACUGGGUCAGUAAUAACUAGUAGUGGCUACAGCCCCAGAUCAGCGCAUCAAUACUCCCCACAGCUAUAUCCUUCCAAGCCCUAUCCACACAUUCUUUCUACACCAGCAGCUCAAACAAUGACUGCCUAUGCAGGCCAGACUCAGUAUUCGGGGAUGCAGCAGCCAGCCGUCUACACAGCCUACUCACAGACAGGACAGCCCUACAGCCUGCCCACUUACGAUCUGGGCGUGAUGUUGCCAGGGAUCAAGACAGAGAGUGGACUUUCACAGACUCAGUCCCCGUUACAGAGUGGGUGCCUCAGUUACAGUCCGGGGUUUUCUACCCCCCAGCCAGGCCAGACGCCUUAUUCUUACCAGAUGCCAGGUUCUAGUUUUGCCCCAUCAUCGACUAUUUAUGCAAAUAACUCAGUUUCCAAUUCAACGAACUUUAGUGGUUCACAACAGGAUUAUCCAUCCUACACAGCCUUUGGCCAAAACCAGUAUGCACAGUAUUACUCAGCAUCAACGUAUGGAGCAUAUAUGGCAUCAAAUAACACAGCUGAUGGCACAUCAUCUUCGACCUCAACCUAUCAGUUGCAGGAAUCUCUUCCGGGACUGACUAGCCAACCAGGUACAGAUCUUCAUCCAGGAGAGUUUGAUACUGUGCAGAGCCCCUCCACACCUAUCAAAGACCUCGAUGAGAGAACUUGCAGGAGUUCUGGGUCAAAGUCCCGAGGAAGAGGCCGGAAAAAUAAUCCCUCCCCACCUCCUGACAGUGACCUAGAGCGUGUAUUUGUCUGGGACUUGGACGAAACCAUCAUCGUUUUCCACUCACUGCUCACAGGGUCUUAUGCUCAGAAGUAUGGCAAGGAUCCCCCCAUGGCUGUAACUCUUGGACUCCGAAUGGAGGAAAUGAUUUUUAAUCUCGCUGAUACACAUUUAUUUUUUAAUGAUUUAGAGGAGUGUGAUCAAGUUCACAUAGAUGAUGUUUCCUCUGAUGAUAAUGGGCAAGACUUAAGUACCUACAGUUUUGCAACUGAUGGCUUCCAUGCAGCUGCAAGUAGUGCAAACCUUUGUUUGCCAACAGGUGUGAGAGGAGGGGUUGACUGGAUGAGGAAGUUGGCUUUUCGUUACAGAAGAGUAAAAGAAUUAUACAACACCUACAAGAACAAUGUUGGAGGACUCCUUGGCCCUGCCAAGAGAGACGCAUGGUUGCAGUUGAGGGCAGAGAUUGAAGGUCUGACAGACUCCUGGCUAACAAAUGCACUUAAAUCAUUAUCGAUUAUUAGUACUAGGAGUAACUGCGUAAAUGUCUUGGUAACGACAACCCAACUGAUCCCAGCUCUCGCGAAGGUUCUACUCUAUAGUUUAGGAGGUGCUUUCCCCAUUGAGAAUAUUUACAGUGCAACUAAAAUAGGCAAGGAAAGCUGUUUUGAGCGUAUAGUGUCCAGGUUUGGCACUAACAUAACUUAUGUUGUGAUUGGAGAUGGCCGAGACGAAGAACAUGCCGCUAACCAGCACAACAUGCCCUUUUGGAGGAUUUCAAGUCACUCAGACCUCUUGGCUCUACAUCAAGCACUGGAAUUAGAGUAUUUGUAACUGUGUUCUCUAGCUGGAGAUCCAUUUUUUUUUUAUAUAUAUAUUUCAAGUACACUGAAUUUUUAUGUGUGAUUCAAUGCCUCUGGCUUUUACACAUAUAAAUUGUCUUAAAGGAUGAAAUCAUAUUUGGAAUGACAGUUCCAGAAUGAAGAGUUCAGAUUGCUGAAUGGAAGUUAAACUUUAGUGCUACAGAAAGGAAGCUCUAUGGUCUUAUAUUUACAACACUUUAAUGUUAAAAAAAAAAAAAAAAAAUCUGUGGAGGUUGCUGGUACACACCGAACAAGUCCUAACUGGAAUUAACAGCUUUAGCAAAGAACUCUUACCCUGGCAAAGUACCAACACGUGCUCCGUCCGAAAAGGUGGUGCUCAACAACAUUCCUCAAAAUGGGAGAUCUUCUCAGCCCUGAGGUUUGAAUCUGACUUUAGCCUACCUAGCCCAGAAAAUCUGAAUUGGAAUGCACUCAGACUGUAUAAGGACAAUCCUAUCUAGACCUGUAAUUUGUGUAAAUUAUUGAUGAAAAUAAUUUACUGUGACUUUAUUAGCAGCUGACUUUGAAAGUGGAUGCAAUUUUUCUUUCAUUUGUUG